ACCUUCAGUUAAAUUUUCGAAGUAUCAUCCUGUAAUAAUGAAAAAAGCUCAAAAUUUUGAGAGAAAGGAGGAGGUUGCCAUUUUUUAAGAUUAGUGAAGCUCAGAGCUAGGAGGUUGGCUGCGCUUUCUUCUGCGGUUCAGUCCAUAAUUUUAUGUUGUGUAAUCCCAAUCUAACAUACUACUCCAAUCUCUAACUUUUCCGCUAUUAUGGAAUCUGAACCCUUAAAUUUGGAAAAUGAUGGAUUGGAGUUCGAUGUGGGUUCUGGCGAAGAAGAAGAAGAAGAAGAUGAUUGUGGCUUGGAUUUAGGACCUUGUUCGGACAAGAGUGAACCCUACGAGGGCAUGGAAUUCGAAUCUGAGCAGGCUGCUCGCAUCUUCUACAAUUCCUAUGCUCGCAGAGUUGGCUUUGGCACUCGUGUCAGCGCUUAUCGCCGUUCACGUCGUGAUAACUCUAUUAGUAGCCGUCAAUUGGUCUGUUCCAAAGAGGGUUUUAACCCUAGGCCUGAUCAACACAAACCCAAGCGACACCGCAUUGUCUCUAGGGUCGGCUGUAAAGCUCACUUGACUGUCAAGAAACAGUCUUCUGGUAAGUGGGCUAUUACUAAAUUCGUCAAAGACCACAAUCAUGAGCUUGUGCCCCCUGAUCAAGUCCACUUGCUUCGAUCACAUAGGCAUGUUUCUGGUCCUGCCCGCAGCUUGAUUGACACCCUCCAAGCUGCUGGUUUGGGCGCUACUCGCGUAAUGUCUGUACUAAUUAAGCAAUCCGGUGGGGUUAAUAAUGUUGGUUUCACUAAAUCUGAUUGCCAGAAUUAUAUGAACCAAACCAGGCAGAGGACUCUAGGGAGUGGUGCUCACUAUAUCUUUGAGUAUUUGAAGCACAAGCAGGCUGAGGAUUCCAAUUUCUUUUAUGCUGUUCAAGGUGGUCCAUCCGGGAACAUCUUUUGGGCCGACUCAACCUCCAGAAGGAAUUAUGCUUAUUUUGGAGAUACGGUUACAUUUGACACCACUUAUAGGACUCACCGAUACCGGGUGCCCUUUGCCCCAUUUAUAGGAGUAAACCAUCAUUGCCAACCAGUUCUAUUUGGCUGUGCCCUGCUUCUCAAUGAAUCGGAGUCAUCAUUCAUCUGGCUAUUCCAAAAUUGGCUUGCUGCAAUGUCUAGUCGCCAUCCUGUUUCUAUAACUACAGAUCAUGAUAGGAUCAUCAGAUCAGCCAUUGCAGAUGUAUUUCCAGGCGCUCGUCACCGCUUCUGCAAAUCCAAUAUUUUUAGACAAGUACAGGAGAGGCUCUCACAUUCACUCCACUCAUUUCCCACCUUUGAAGCAGAAUUCCAGAAAUGUGUCAAUUUGACUGAGAUAAUUGAGGAGUUUGAAGUAUGCUGGGGAUCCCUACUUGGAAGAUACAAUCUCAAAGAUGAUGAAUGGCUCCAGUCAAUGUACGAUGCUCGACAACAUUGGGUUCCAGUUUACCUUCGAGAUACAUUCUUUGGGGAGACAUCUAUUGCUAAAACUAGUGAUAGUACAAAUUCAUUCUUCGAUGGAUAUAUAGAUGCAUCGACUAACAUUCACGUCCUAAUGAGUCAGUAUGAAAAAGCUACUGCAAGCAGGCAUGAGAAGGAGGUGAAGGCAGAGUAUGAUACCAUAAAUAUUGCUCCUAUUUUGAAGACCCCAUCUCCUAUGGAAAAACAAGCAGCUAACAUUUAUACUUCGGAAAUAUUUUUGAUGUUCCAACAAGAACUAAUCGAGACUCUGGCUUAUCCUGCAACUGUAAUUAAUGAUACAGGAUCAGAUGUAAUGUAUCAAGUGGCAAAGUUUGGAGAGGACCAUAAAGUUUAUUAUGUUAAAUAUAAUGUCAUUGAGAAGAAAGCUAGCUGUAGUUGCCAAUUGUUUGACUUUUCAGGUAUUCUUUGUAGGCACAUUUUAGCUGUUUUUAGAGUGAAAAAUGUUCUGAGGUUUCCAUCUCAUUAUGUACUGAAACGUUGGACCAGAAAAGCCAAGAGCGAUGUUGUUUUAGAUGAAGACGAACUUGGGUUGCCAAGUAGUCAUAAUGAGUCCUUCACUGAUCGCUUUGAAAAGUUAAGCCUAGAAGCAACUAAAUAUGUCAAAGAAGGAGUGGAUUCGAAAAAUGUGUACCAAGUUGCUAUGGACGCUCUACAUGAAGCUUCCAAGAAGGUUGCAGCUGCAACGUGCGGUACUCCAUCACUACCACAGAGCUUAGACAUGAACAAAGCAAAGGAAUUCAACUUGAAUGGAAAUCAAGCUGAUUGUGAUGAUCCCUGCUUGGUGAAUCAAGACGAGAAAAUUCAGGAAUUAACAAAUGCUGUGGUAAAUGCAACUGAGAUCUGUGAAGCCUAUCGAGCAAAAUUGUUGAGUAUUUUGAGAGACAUGGAGGAGCAGAAGCUGAGAAUAUCUUUGAAGGUACAGAGUACGAGGCUUAAUCGAAUGACUUGAGCUAUAGAAGGGCACUUCAAAAUCUUUGUAUAUACACUACUAGCGGAGAAAGUUGUGACUCCUAAGUAAUCUCGAGCACUUUUUGCCUCUCCGGAUUGCAUGUGUUAUCAUCUUGCUAUGGAGGAUUUUAAUGUAAGAGUUUCUGUGUAUAUGGUUGAGUUAGAUCUGACCUGAGAGCUGAAUUUAGGUAAAGGGGGUAACUAGGUGUUGUUUGUGUCUGAACUGCUAUUGCAUCUGCUUCGCAGCCUUUUGUUCACUUUUGCUCUACUAGUGUAAAUACGGGUUGCUCUUCAUAACCAGUAGGAAUGGGGAAAAACUUACCGCACCAAAUGUUUUGAUUAACUCAAUAUUUACAUGGUAUGCGCCCUUUAUAUACACUUUUAUGGAGUACUAUUAA